UUAUUUUUUUGCCAAUUUUACCAAAUUGGUAAAAUUACUUACUAAAAUCACUAGCCAGUUGUGUCCGAGUUUAGCGAACUGACAAUAGGAAAGAAAUUAAAAAUUCUCCUUAUGUUGCAGUGAUUGCUGAUGAAACGACAUAUGUUGCUGGUGAAUUUCAGUUAAUUAUAAUUUUAGGAUAUUUGUGUAAAGGACGACCAGUUGAGAGAUUUUGCGUGCUGGAUGGACAUGAUGCUAAAUCAAUCACUGAAUGCAUUUUAAAUGUUUUAAAUUCCUUAUUAAAAUAUACUCCAAACAAAUUAAUUGCUCAAAGUUACGAUGGCGCAUCUGUUAUGAGUGGUGGAUUAAAUGGUGUGCAAAAAUUAUUAACAAAAUAUCCGUGGCUGGCGUGAAUAACUUGACAAGUCGAAAUUUUGCAUUUUUGUGAUAUUUAUUGCAAUGGAUUGCUUAUUAAUGACUUUAUGCUGUGAAUAACUGAAUAUCUUAAGAAAUCACAUUAAUAACGUUUAAACCCAUUGUGAAUAUACUGACAGCUCUUUGAAAGCCGAGAUAUAUCUAAUAUCUAUAGAUAUCAAAUUGAUAAAGAAAAUUUAAAUUUGACCAGUCGAGUUGUUGACAUAAUCUUUACUUUAGAUUCCUUUACGUAUUUUUAUAACUCAUUUUGUGAUGUUACACUUGUUAGAAUGCCACUAUAUCUAAUGUGAUACAUCGACUUAUCCAGUUAUUCCUGAUCCUCUUUUUGUAAUAAUAAAUUGAUAACUAGUUAUGUGAAACUUGACGUCUCGUUUCUGACUAUUAUGUAUUUUGAUAUCAUGACUUGUCAUUUUGGGUACAAUAUGAUCUUAAGUUGAUAAAAUGAGAUGCACGAUCUGAACAUUUCCCGCCUUCAAUAUCAGGAUGCUACGAUUAUGUAGGUGCGUGGGUCACGUGAUGUACAUACAGUUUAACGGUUUUCUGUCUGGUCUGCUGCCGCUGUUCAGUUGUUCAGUUAAUCACAUAUUUUAUGUUAAUGUUGAAAACACCAGUUACUUCUGUUACAAUGGCGAAGCGGGUACAAUUUUUAAGAGAAUUGCACAAAAAUGUCAAAGAAGGUUGUGUACCAAGUAAUGACGAGGAAUUUCUGGAAGUGGAAAAUCUUAUUCCAGAGAAUAAAAGUGAAAGUUGUUCACCAACAGGAGAAAACAAUAUCCUAGAAGAAGACUUAAAUCUCUCAGACGAUAGUGUAGCAGAUCCAGAUUAUGUUUUACCCAAAGAAAAUUUCAUGAAACAUCCAGUCGAAAUCCUGCAAAAUAACGACAGCAACUCUGAUACGGAAAAUAUUCCAGUUUUGCAAACUCUAACCAGUAGAAAUGAUACAAAAAGAAAAGGUCGAACACGAAGAGAAAGAGAAGAAUGUAAAAGGCUUAGAAAUGCAGGAGAGAGCUAUACUACAGAAAAAGGCAAAACUAAACCCAAAAGAUUAUCGAAAAACUUAUUACCUUGUAGGCUAAAAUGUGCGGAAAGGUUCAGUGAAGCCGAAAGGGCUACAUGUUUUAAUGAUUACUGGAAGUUAGGGAGUAGAGAUCGAAGGGCUAUGUACAUAUCGGGGUUAGUUUCAAUUUUACCUAAAAAGACCCAGAAAACCGACGGCAGAGCAAUAAAUAGAGAGUGUUAUUGUACAUACAAACUGAUCGUUAAUAAUGAAGCAAAACGAACCUGCAAAGAAUGUUUUUGUAGAAUAUUAGGGGAGACUAAAGGAUUUAUCAAUGUACUUGUCCAGAAGAAGAAGUUUUCUUCAACCGGAAUAAUAGAAUCCGAUCAAAGGGGUGUAGGUCCUCCUGCCAACAAAAAAAGUAUAGAAGAUAUAACUUCAGUCAAAAAUCAUAUUCUAUCUUUUCCUAGCUACGAAAGCCAUUACUGUAGAAAAUCCACGAAUAAAAAAUAUUUAUCUCCUGAUCUUUCUAUAGCAAAAAUGUAUAGGCUAUAUAAAGAAACUUGCUUAGAGCCGGUUUCUUUAAAACUGUACUCAAACUGUUUUCACGACUUAAAACUGUCUUUUAAAAAACCAUCAAAAGACACCUGUCACACCUGUGAUAUAAUAACGAUGCAGAUGAAGUUAGCUGAGGAAAAUGGAGAUUUAAAAAUUCAGUUAGCUGAGCAUCAUUUGCAGGCUGAAAAGGCUUAUUCUGCAAAACGCGCCAGUAAAGUAAGAGCUCAAGAAGAUUCCUCGUUUCAGGCUUAUGCGUUUGACCUCCAACAGUGUCUACCCACACCACUUUUACAAACCUCAAUUGCCUUUUACAAGAGGCAGCUUUGGACCUUUAAUUUAACGGUUCACAACUUGGCAACGGAUGAAGCUACGUGUUACAUGUGGGAUGAGACAAUUGGAGCACGUGGUGCAAAUCAAAUCGCAUCCUGUCUGUGGCACUUUUGUUUAAAUUAUCUUCCACCAGUUGUCAAAGAAAUUACAUUCUUUUCAGAUACUUGCGGUGGACAGAAUAAAAAUAACAUCGUGGCAAUGAUGUUUACAUUUUUAUUAGACAAGCACUCAACUUUAGAAAUUGUUAAUCACAAAUUUCUCCUUAGUGGUCAUAGUCACAUGGAAUGUGACUCUGAUCAUGCCAUUAUUGAGAAAACUAAAAAAAACACAAAUGAAAAUUAACCAUCU